AUGGUUCGCAUUAUCCCGACACGUCUAAAGUCCGCUUCCUCCCUCAACAACAGCCGCAGCAACAGUCCUAGGCGGUCCAACAGCAACAGCAACUCCGUCUCCAACACGGCCAAUACCUCCAGCAUCAACAACAACAACCACAACAACCACAACGGCACUGGCAAGUACCAGUCACGCACUCCCUCCAGAAUGGGCAGCGAUCUUUCCGCCAAAGAUAAAGACACCGGCCUGACCUUGAAGGUCGUCAUUCUGCGUGCACGCAAUCUAGCUGCGAAAGACCGCAAUGGAACAUCAGACCCCGUACGUCCAGAGGCCAAAAUUGACUUCAUACCCCAGACAAACAUCUACUGA